CAAAAAUGGAGCACAAAGGAUCCUCGGCCUCUCGUCUGUUGUAUGUAUUCUCAUGCUUGCUGAUGGCGCAAAGCGCUAGCGGAGAUAUUAGCUACUCUAUUUCGGAGGAGAUGAAACCUGGAUUUGUUGUUGGGAAUCUAGCUAAAGACCUUGGACUCGAUGCUAAUCAGUUGGUAGCUCGUAAGGUUCGCAUUGAUACAGAAGACAACAGUAAACCAUACUGCGGCAUAAAUCUGAGAACUGGGGAGUUGAUUGUCAAAGAGAGAAUCGACCGAGAAGAGCUGUGUUCGGAAACAGCUUCAUGUAUUCUUAAAUUUGAAUUAAUGCUAGAGAAUCCAUUACAGCUGCACCGUGUUACAGUUCAGAUUCAAGAUAUUAACGACAACUCACCCUUUUUCCCAAAGGAUGAAAUUAAAUUAGAAAUACGCGAAUCUGCAGAUAAAGGCGCUCGCUUUCGUGUGAAUGAAGCGCAUGAUACAGAUAUAGGACAGAAUGCGGUUCAAAGCUAUGCAUUGCAGACAAAUGAAUAUUUUACUUUGGCUGUAAAUUCGAAUACGGACGGGAGGAGGAAUGUUGAACUAGUACUGGAUAAGGAACUUGAUCGUGAGCAGCAGAAUGAGGUUGUGUUCAGUAUUACUGCCACUGAUGGUGGAAUUCCACAGAGAUCAGGUACUGUAGCCAUACAUGUUACAGUGUUGGAUGCCAAUGAUAACGCCCCAGAGUUUAGCCAGGGUGUCUACAGAGUUAGUAUACCCGAGAAUUCCCCUGUAGACGCUGUCCUAUUAACCGUAAAUGCCACCGAUAAAGAUGAGGGACUCAAUGGCAAAGUUUCUUAUGAAUUUAGUCGUUUGUCAAAGAAAGCAAAAAGUACAUUUUCUCUGAAUUCUGAUACAGGUGAAAUUAAAGUAAUUGGGCCAAUUGACUUUGAGAAAGACUCGAAGUAUGAAAUAAUUGUCGAAGCUAAAGAUGGAUAUGGCCUCUCCACAGACACGAAAGUAAUUAUCGACAUAACGGAUGUUAAUGACAACGCUCCCAUAAUUCUUUUAAAAUCUCUGAACAAUCCUAUCCCCGAGAAUGCCGCACCGGGGACCGAGGUUGGCAUCGUGAACGUGCAGGACAGAGACUCUGAAAAUAACAGAAAGGUUCGUUGCAACAUUCAACAAGGUGUGCCUUUCAAACUAGUGCCAUCAGUUAAAAAUUACUAUACUCUGGUGACGACAGCCGAACUGGAUCGUGAGCUGCAGUCUGAGUACAACAUUACCAUGACCGUCACUGAUGAGGGUUCCCCACCGUUGUCUUCCUCAAAAACUUUACAAUUGUCUGUUGCUGACGUCAAUGACAAUCCACCUGAGUUCGUUCGGAAAUUGUAUACUGCCCAUAUCAAAGAAAACAAUAAACCAGGAUCUUCUCUGUGCUCAGUAAGCGCGAGAGAUCCGGACUGGAGGCAGAAUGGCACUGUGACAUAUUCUCUUUUACCCGGAGAGAUUAAUGGCGCUCCAGUUUCCUCUCUUGUAUCCGUAAAUGGCGACACCGGAACUAUUCACGCAGCGAGGGCAUUUGAUUACGAGCAGUUUAAAAGUUUCAACAUUCAAGUAAUGGCAAGAGACAACGGCUCUCCUCCACUGAGCAGUAACGUAUCGGUGAACGUUAUAAUAACCGAUGAGAAUGAUAAUUCUCCUCAGAUACUAUACCCAUCUCCAGAGGGCAACUCUCUUGUAACCGAAAUUUUGCCCAAAACUGCUCUCGCACACUCUCUGGUGUCUAAGGUGAUUGCAGUGGAUGCGGAUUCUGGUCAGAAUGCAUGGCUUUCUUAUCAAAUCAUCAAGUCUUCCGAUUCAGGACUUUUUACUAUAGGAGUCUACAGUGGAGAGAUAAGGACGCAAAGAGACAUUUCUGAGUCUGAUGCCAUGAAACAAAACCUUAUUGUUUCUGUCAAAGACAACGGACAGCCAGCUCUUUCUGCAACAUGCACUGUGCAUUUGCUUAUAUCGGAUAACAUGGCUGAUUUACCUGAACUGAAAGGCAUGCCAAAUGGCGAGGGCAGCUCCAAACUCACCACUUAUUUGAUCAUUGCGCUUGUGUCCGUCUCUACCUUCUUUCUGACCUUCAUCAUCAUCAUCCUGGCAGUGAGGUUUUGCCACAGGAGAAAGCCCAGACUGUUAUUUGAUGGCACCGUGGCCAUUCCCAGUGCUUAUCUGCCCCCAAAUUACGCAGACGUAGAUGGCGUAGGAACUCUCCAUAGUACCUAUAAUUAUGACGCAUACUUGACAACGGGGUCGCGCACCAGUGAUUUCAAGUUUGCAAGGUCUUACAAUGAGGGAACGCUACUCGCUGAUCAUACGCUUAGAAAGUCCUCGCUCUCGGUGAAUGAUCAUCACGACCUGCUUGACAACACUGAACUAUCUCAGGUGAGAUGUGUUUUAUACCACACAUUUUCAACAUAGAUUUCCGAAUUGAAAUAGAUGUGACCACUCUUGUACACACACUG